UAUAAGACUCGCGCUGCUUGUGAUGUGCGCGUGUGCAUGCGGUGACUGCCGGAGGACGAGACGCAGCAUCAGGACCACACCAGUGCAGCAUCACCUAAACUCAGUUUCAACUCAGCAUCACAAACACGGAAAUCCACUUUUCAAGAAGAUGGAUGAAACCAAGACACAUCAGGUGAAGUCAGAUCAUCUUCUGCGUGUUGAUGAUCAUGAUUUCACCAUGAGACCAGCGUUUGCAGGUCCAGCAGUGCCAGUGGGUGUAGAUGUGCAGGUGGAGAGUUUGGACAGUAUCUCAGAGGUCGAUAUGGACUUCACCAUGACGCUCUACCUGAGACACUACUGGAAGGACGAGCGUCUGUCUUUUUCCAGUAAAACCAAUAAAAGCAUGACCUUUGAUGGUCGACUGGUGAAGAAGAUCUGGGUACCUGACGUGUUUUUCGUCCAUUCUAAACGUUCCUUUAUUCAUGACACCACCACAGAGAACGUCAUGAUCAGAGUUUAUCCUGACGGCAAAGUUCUCUACAGCCUGAGGGUGACUGUAACUUCAGCGUGUAAUAUGGACUUCAGCCGCUUCCCACUGGACACACAGACCUGCACACUAGAGCUGGAGAGCUACGCCUACACUGAUGAAGACCUGAUGCUCUACUGGAAGAGUGGAGAUGAAUCACUGAGCACAGAUGAUAAAAUCUCUCUCUCUCAGUUCCUCAUUCAGGAGUUCCACACAACCUCCAGACUGGCCUUCUACAGCAGCACAGGUUGGUACAAUCGUCUGUACAUCAACUUCACUCUGCGGCGUCAUAUCUUCUUCUUUCUGCUGCAGACCUACUUUCCCGCCACUCUGAUGGUCAUGUUGUCCUGGGUGUCCUUCUGGAUCGACCGGCGGGCCGUUCCUGCCAGAGUUUCUUUAGGCAUUACCACGGUACUCACCAUGUCCACCAUCAUCACGGGAGUAAACGCCUCCAUGCCCCGAGUGUCUUACAUCAAAGCUGUGGACAUUUACCUGUGGGUCAGCUUCGUCUUCGUCUUUCUGUCUGUUCUUGAGUACGCCGCCGUGAACUAUUUAACAACGGUGAAUGACGGGACUGAACGCAAGUUAAGACAGAAGCAUGCACCCUGCGCAUGUGAUGCGUCCCACACAAGGACUGUAAUGCUGAAUGGAGCGUACAGUAAUCCCGAUAGCAACGGCCUGGCAGGAUUCGCCCAAACCACCGGCGAGGAAGAUAAACAGGACCGCAUGCUUGUGCAUCUGUCUGUGGAAGGUGACGACGCGGGAAGUAAGAAGAAAUCCCGCCGUGGCCUCCGCAUCAUUCAGAACACCCACAUCAUCGACUCAUACUCAUGCAUGAUCUUCCCAGGGGCCUUUAUAUUCUUUAACGUCAUUUACUGGUCUGUGUACUGCUGACGUGCCUUACAACGGGAUCGUGUUUGUGGAGUGUUAUCAGAAGUGUUCUUAGAUAUAUAGUUUGUUUCAAUGUCUCACUAUCAUGAAUGUUUGAAGAAAGUCAUAAAUGAUGAUUUUCAUUUUUGGUGAACUGUCCCUUUAAGAAAAGCGUGACAUCCAAAUGAUCAAAUAAACAAUGAUCUUUGCUUUUCAAAUAUCUAUAAAAGUUCUGCCUCUGAAACAAUAGACCUAUUUCACAGCAUAACGUGUACAAACCGGAAGUAGGGUAAACGCUUGUCCGGUCAAUGCUCUUUUCACUACACAGAACAGUUGCGGAGACCAGAAGAAGUUAGGCAUGUAGCGCUCCUUUACGCUGAUAUGUCUAACAUAU